UCGUCAGACCAGUUUUCAGGCUCUGAGUUUGGGAGGAAGUCCUCAGAGCAGAGUAUUAAAUCUUAGUUUGGUUCUGAGCAGAGGCGGACCAUUCUCUUUCUGUUCUGUUCUGUGCUGUGGAUCCUCUAACUGGAAGGGACCCCUUGAGAGGACCCUCCGAAUGUGCUCGAGCUCAUCUCCACACACAUCUCAUCAGCUGUGAGGCCUCAGCAUCUCCACCAUGUUCUCCUCUGUGGUCCCGUACAAAAACCAGCACUACGCUGAGCUGAGGAGGAACUGCAUCAAGGCCAAGACACUGUUUGAAGAUCCAGAGUUCCCAGCCACCAACUCCUCUCUGUUUUACAGUAAAUCGCCCCCAGGCAGGGUGGAGUGGAAACGACCGGGGGAGAUUUCUAAUGCACCUCAGCUGUUUGUUGAAGGGAUCAGCUCCCAAGACCUGAACCAGGGGAUUGUAGGAAACUGCUGGUUUGUUGCAGCCUGCUCCUGUUUGGCUUUAAAGCCAAACCUCUGGAAGAAAGUCAUUCCUGACUGGAAGGACCAGGAGUGGGAUCCAAACCACCCUGAGAACUACGCCGGCAUCUUCCACUUUCAGUUCUGGAUCUUUGGGAAGUGGACGGAUGUGGUGGUAGACGACCGGCUGCCCACCAUCAACGGGGAGCUCAUAUACUGCCACUCCAAAAGUAGCAACGAGUUCUGGAGCGCUCUGCUGGAGAAGGCCUACGCCAAGCUCUCAGGCUGCUACCAGUCCCUGGAGGGGGGAAACACCGGGGACGCUGUGGUGGAUUUCAGCGGAGCCGUGUCUGAAGCCAUCGACCUGGAGUCUGAGGCUUUCUAUAAGGACCAGCAAAAACAAGACAAGCUGUUUGAAGACUUGCUCAAAGUGUACGAUCGAGGAGGAAUCAUCAGCUGCUCCAUAAAGGCAGAGCCACAUGAAAUUGAGAACAGGAUGGCGAACGGGCUGGUGAAAGGCCACGCGUACUCAGUCACUGCAGUGAAGCGAGUGCGUUUGGGUCAUGGGCUGAUGGCCUACUUUAAAAAUGAAACCAUUCCUCUCAUUCGGAUGAGGAACCCCUGGGGCAAGACUGAGUGGAAAGGAGCGUGGAGUGACAGCUCUGAGGAAUGGGCGAAGGUUGGUGACACAGAGAGGGGCAACCUCGGCCUCACCGUCGAGGACGACGGAGAGUUCUGGAUGGCGUUCACGGACUGGUGCAAGUUCUUCACGAACACAGACRUCUGCCGUAUCAUCAACACCUCGGUCGUCAGCGUCCACAAGACCUGGGACGAGGUCGUGCUCUUCGGGAGCUGGACCAAAAACGCUGAGCCGCUGUUAAACCGCUGCGGUGGAUGUGGCAAYCACAGGCAGACCUUCCUGCAGAACCCUCAGUACCUGUUUGACGUGACGAAGGAGUCUGAUGAGGUGCUGAUCUCCUUGCAGCAGAAAGACAUGAAGAUCCACAGAAAAUACGGUCAAGGAGAAAACCUAACCAUCGGCUUCAGCAUCUACAGAGUGGAGCUGAACAGGAAGUAUAGACUGCACGACCUCCUGACCCAGCAGAACGUGAGAACCUCCACAUACAUCAACGCUCGAACCGUGUUCAUGAGGCUCAUGCUGACGCAGGGUCGGUACGUCAUCAUCCCCACGACCUUCCAGCCUCAGAUACUGGGAGACUUUAUGCUGCGAGUUUACACUGACGUCGACUCGGGCUGCAGGGAGCUGACGGAGGACAAACCAAAGAUAAAAUGCUGGAGUUCAAUCUUUGGGUACCCACAAGCUGUCACUCAUGUCUUUGUGCAAGGAGCUGAGGGGCUGGAAAACCAGGACCGAACAGGAGGCGCUGACCCGUAUGUGAUAAUAUCUUGCGAGGGACGUUCAGUGAUGUCCCCCGUCCAGAACAACACUUUGGAACCACAGUUUGCCACUAGUGGAGUUUUCUACAGGAAGAAGCUCAGAAAACCUGUAACAGUGCAGGUGUGGAACAGUAACGCAGUGAAGGAUGAGUUCAUGGGCCAGGUCCUGCUGUCYGGCUCUCCGGACGACAACUCAAACCCUCAGAAGCUGAAGCUGAGGAUGAGCGGGCAGCAGGCRGCUGAUGAGAUGCCUGGGACCAUUAGUCUGAGGAUCGUUACCAGGACUCAGCUGACCACCAUUUGACCUCCUCUGUGACCGACUUGUGUUAAUGGUGCCAUCGCUAAAGCACCAAAACCAUAGUCUUGUUUUGAUUUGUUGUAACUUAAAUGUUGGAUUACAACAGUGAGAUGUACAAAAUGCAUUUUUGGAUAAAGUAAAUGUGAUUUUUUUUCUUUUUUGCUGUUGGUUCUGUCUUACUUUGUACACCCCCUUUUUAACUUAUAAAACAUUUUUUACUGGUGAUUUUGUAAAAGUAUUAUUCAAUGAAACUAUACUGUGAGKUAAACAGCAGUGACCUGAUUGUAAUUCUGUUUCAGUCCCAUGAUCGUCCUGAUGAAUUAAAAAGAAAUUGUUAACAAUU